AAAGGGUCAACAAUGGAAACACACAGAAUCUUGUAUUGGUGUGAUGACAUUAUGACAGCGAUAAUGUCACCUGCUGCAGCCCGAUCCUCACAGUCCUCUGGGCGCUGUUGCAGAGCUUUCCUCGGCAGGAGGAACAAUACGCGGAGCAGCAGCGGCGCAACCGACGGGCCGGCCAUAUGUCCGAGCUGGUGCGCGACUUCCUGGCGCCGGCCGAUUUCCACCGCGCCCUCGUCGACGUCGGCAUCGACUUCUUCUGCGGCGUGCCCGACUCGCUGCUCAAAGACUUCUGCGCGUACAUCACGGCCAGCGUGGCCGAGUCGCAUCACGUGAUCGCGGCCAACGAGGGUUCGGCGGUGGCGCUGGCGGCCGGCUAUCACCUGGCCACCGGACGCACUCCGCUCGUAUAUCUGCAGAACUCUGGCCUGGGCAACGCGGCCAACCCGCUGCUGUCGCUGGCCUCGCCGGACGUGUACAGCUUCCCGAUGCUGCUGCUGAUCGGCUGGCGCGGCGAGCCGGGCAAGCGAGACGAGCCGCAGCACAUGGUGCAGGGACAGGUCACACCCAGAUUGCUAGACGCCAUGGGCAUCCCGUCUGAGCCGCUGCCGGACUACAUAGCGGGCGCCGAGCGGGCGCUGCACGCCGCCCUCCGCCACAUGCGAACCGUUCAGGGGCCGUACGCGCUGCUGGUCAAGCGGCAGGCGUUCUCGCCGCAUGCGCUCGAGCUAGAACCGGCGUUCGAUUCGCCGCUCAGCCGCGAGGCGGCGCUGCAACUGCUGGCCGACGGGCUGCACGACCGCGACGUGCUGGUCAGCACCACGGGCAUGGCAUCGCGUGAGCUGUUCGAAUACCGCGUGGCGCGCGAGCAGGGCCACGAGCGCGACUUCCUCACGGUCGGCUCCAUGGGACACGCCUCGUCCAUCGCGCUUGGCAUCGCUCUGCAGAAGCCGGCGAGGCAGGUGGUCUGUCUGGACGGUGACGGCGCCCUGCUGAUGCACAUGGGCUCGCUGGCCAUCGUCGGGCAGCGCCAGCCGCGCAACUUCAAGCACGUGGUGCUGAACAACGGCGCGCACGACUCUGUGGGCGGUCAGCCAACGGCCGCCGCCGACCCUGCCUCACUCGACAUCGCGCAGGUGGCGCUGGCGUGCGGCUACCGUCAGACGAUGCGGGCCGAGACGGGGCCGGAGCUGGCGGCGGCCGUCUGCCAGCUGCGCGCCGCCGAUGGGCCCGUGCUGCUGGAGGUGCGCGUGGCGGCCGGCGCCCGCGACAACCUGGGCCGGCCCAGUCGCUCGCCCGUCCAGAACAAGGCUGACCUCAUGCAGUUCCUGGCCACCGACUGAGUGCGGGGCCGCGGCGGCAGGCAGCGAGGGCGCCGGCCGCCCCGCGCCCGCUCGGCGGGAGCGGGAAGGAGCGGAGGCGUUGCGGCUGGUGCGGUCGGUCGCGGAUCCGUGGCUGUUGCCGAGGCGGUUUGCACUCCGACACCGCCGAGGGCACGGUGCGACCCCGCCCAGCGUUGAUUUAACCAGGGUAACUAAUCAAAUUGGUGCGUGGAGGCUCGCUGGGCCUCCCGUGAAGACGCCGGCUGUCUCACAUAGCACCGCGUGCUGACGUCUGACGGACGGCCGCAGGAGGAAUGCGUGCUGAUGUCUGACGGAGGACCGCGUGCUGACGUCGCGGAGGACCGCGUUAGGUGCUGCGCGCUGCCUCUCACCACCGCUGCCGGUCUCGCUUACGACCGGACGUGUCCACUUCACUGCCAUUCACAUUCACUUUACUUCACACAUUCCCGCUUCCGAAUUACAAGACAGACGGGCGCUCGCCAGCUGGCGUCUCGCGGCAUGACGUCACUGACUUCACGCUGUGAUAUAGGCAUUCUGCGAUGAUUUCCUGUGACGGUGGCGGCCGUGUUCAGGCUCCCGAUGAGCCGUGACAUUCUUCAUGCAGCCCUGCCUCACGAUAGGUGGCAGGCAGAGUGCCGCGCGCCGGUCACGAGAUUGACAGACUGCGAACUUUCCGAGAUGCUAGUCUAUUUGGCCAUAUUACUGUUCUUCGGUCCGGCUAGUCCGGCGCUUUAUGGGCGCGCAUGCUCGGCGGCCAACGAGCCCACGUGUGUCGUGUUGUGAUGCUUCCAUGUCCAUUAAGGUGUGUCAUCGAGGGGGUGAAUUUCUUGCAAUCAGCUGAGACGAAGCUUUUCUUCGGCACACGGAUGAAUAAAAAACUUUCAGGUCCGUCGUACCGCACCAAUGUUGAUAUUCGUGAGGCGGAAGCAGUUUUUCUUUGAUAGUACAAGGAAGCCGUAUUCGAUACUAGCGCCACCUAUUUUACGCACUGGGAUCAUCC